GACUCCGCCCGUGCCCUGCCGUGCCCUGAGGCCGUGGACCCGGGCGUCGGGAGAUCCAGCCUGGCCCCCUCAGACCCAAGCGUGCAGCCCCGUCCGGGCCCGCAGAAGUUCAGGGCCCGGGCCUCGUUAGCCGGGUUUCCUGCUGGGGCGGAGCUUCUCCCGGAGGCUUAUGGAAGGAAAUCCGGCCAAGGGAUCCAAGAGUGGAAUACGUCCGGCUGUUUUGCACAUAAAGAAAGCGUAGCCUAGCCCUGAAUCUUGCAUCUGCUGAAGCUGUGCUGUGCAUCCAGCCACUGCUGCGAGGCCUUGCAAGGGGACUCAACACGCCCAGGGCUGUCUGCCAGGCCCUGUGGUUGUACUUUGAGCGCCAGUGACCACCCCAACCAGCUCAUACAAGUAGGUUUUAGAUGCCUGAAACAUCAAGAACUUUUGGGUGGUUCUGAAGAUUAAAGAGGCUCGGAGGUUGCUAUGUUAAAGCUGCUUGUCUUUGGAGUCUUUCUUCAUGAAGUUCCACUCAGUGGCCAAGAUGAGGCUUAUCCUGAGGCUGACUCUGUACCAAGAAAGCCCCUGUAUGACUACACCAGCGUCCGCCUGCCAGAGGAGCACAUUCCCUUCUUCUUACACAGCAACAAGCAUGUUGCCACCCUCUGCAGGAAGGACUCACAUUGCCCAUUCAAGAAACACUUAGAAAAUUUAGAGUCCUGCUGGGGUUAUGAGAAGUCCUGCAAGCCAGAGUUCAGGUUUGGUUACCCCUUCUGCAGCUAUGUGGACAUGGGAUGGACAGACACUGUGGAGUCAGCUGAAGACAUCUUCUGGAAACAAGCGGACUUCGGGUAUGCCCGGGAGCGGCUGGAGGAGAUGCGUGUGCUGUGCCAGCCGGGGAAGAUGAGUGACUCCAGUCUCGUCUGUUCCCGUUAUCUUCAGUAUUGCAGAGCAACCCAUCUCUACCUUGACUUAAGAAACAUCAAGAGAAAUCAUGACAGAUUCAAGGAAGAUUUUUUUCAAAGUGGUGAAAUCGGAGGACACUGUAAACUUGACACUCAUACACUGAUGUCUGAAGGUCAGCGCAAAAGCCCCCUGCAGUCUUGGUUUGCUGAGCUACAGAGCUAUACUCAGCUCAACUUCAGACCAAUAGAAGAUGCUAAAUGUGACAUUGUUAUUGAAAAACCAACAUACUUCAUGAAAUUAGAUGCAGGUGUUAACAUGUAUCACCACUUCUGUGAUUUUAUCAACCUUUAUAUUGCGCAGCAUGUUAAUAACUCAUUCAGUACGGAUGUGCACAUCGUGAUGUGGGACACUAGCUCUUACGGAUAUGGCGACCUGUUCUCCGACACUUGGAAAGCAUUUACUGACUAUGAGGUUAUACACUUGAAAACUUACGACUCCAAGAGGGUAUGUUUUAAAGACGCGAUCUUUUCCUUACUGCCUCGCAUGAGGUAUGGGCUAUUCUAUAAUACUCCUCUGAUAUCUGGCUGUCAAAAUACUGGGCUGUUCAGGGCCUUCUCCCAGCACAUACUGCACAGACUAAACAUCGCACAGGCAGGACCCAAGGAUGGAAAAAUUCGAGUCACCAUUCUUGCCCGGAGCACAGAAUACCGGAAAAUACUAAACCAAAAUGAGCUUGUGAAUGCACUGAAAACAGUAUCCACAUUUGAAGUCCAGAUUGUUGAUUACAAGUACAAAGAACUUGGGUUUUUAGAUCAACUCAGGAUAACACACAAUACAGACAUAUUCAUUGGAAUGCACGGAGCUGGUCUCACCCAUUUACUUUUCCUUCCGGACUGGGCAGUGAUCUUUGAACUAUACAACUGUGAAGAUGAGCGCUGUUACCUAGACUUGGCCAGGCUCAGAGGUGUUCAUUACAUCACUUGGCGGAGACAGAGCAAAGUCUUUCCUCAGGACAAGGGCCACCACCCAACCCUGGGGGAGCACCCCAAAUUCACCAACUAUUCUUUUGAUGUGGAGGAAUUCAUGUCGCUCGUCCUUGAGGCUGCGGAUCACGUCCUGCAGCACCCAAAGUGGCCCUCUAAGAAGCGACGUGAUGAACUGUAGGCGUGCUGCAUCUGGCUUUGGGAGGAGACCCUCCAAACCCUCACACCCUCACACGCUCAACAAGCUGCUCUGUCCUAAUGCAAAUGACCUUUUCUACACCAAAAGAUACCCUCGGGAUAUUUUGUGUUACAUGGUCUUUAUGUGUUUUGUAUGGUUGUUAUGUCGUUGGUAUUUAUCAAUGGCUAUAAUAUUUUUGCACUGAAAAAAUUUAGUUUUUAUAGUUAAAACUGGGCAGAGGCUCCCUUGUAUAACCGAACUUUCUUUUUAAGAAUACCAAAGUUUUCAAUUUUCUCAGCUUUAGAAUUUGUAAAUGGUUCUGUAAAAUGUGUGAUUGCAAUUCCAGAGUGUUUCCACUUGUUUAUGAUAUAUAUAUAUAUAUAUAUCUCCAAAUCUUCCAUUUUAUUUGCCAUAAUCUGUUCCUAACACUGAUUAUGGGGAGGGGGGAGAAAACAUGCACCACACACACACACACACACACACACACACACACACACACACACAAAUACACAUUGUGAUUCUCAAGCUACAGGACCAUGUUACAGAUCAGUGUUUAGUCAGUGCCAGAUUAUUUGCAUGCUGCUGUAUAAUUUAUAUCCACAGAUUUCAUAUUCAAAUCAUGUGCUCCCAAAAUACAGUAGCUACAUGUCAUAUGAACCAAUGGGGACCUUCUGCAGUAAUCUGUUGUGUAUUUUGUAGCUGGAUUCCACUGACUUUUUUUAGCUAUAAAAAGUAUUUGUGUUGAAUUUCUAUAUGAAACAGUGGCUUAUUUUGUUCAAGCAUUUGCAACUGCAUACAAUAUGUAGGUAUCUACCUCUAUUAGGACGGAAGUACCCUAGUCUUUGAUUGUAUGAACUUCAAAGUAGCCACAUGAAGAGAACUUUUCCUUAUAAAAAGUUAGGACUCUAAAAAUGAAGACAUAUGAAUUAUCCAGUCAAAAUGAAAAGCUAUAAGAAAGUGCCAGUGUUUAAAAAGAAUAUCUAAAUCAUAGUCCUGCUUUUUGAAUAGGAUUCGUUUCUUACUGUGUAGGAACUUUCAAUUUAGAUAUUAGAAACCAUGUGUUAUACUGCCCAUUGAGAGGUUUACAUUUCACUACCACUUGAGUGACCCCAGUUAGUAACAAAAUAUGUCUGGAUCUUCGCUGAUCCUUGUGUUAAAGGAUUAUGUGUAGAUUUCUAGAGUGUAGUAAUAUUUAUUAAAAUAUCUGAAAGAAAAAUAGUGGGAGUCGGGGAGAUGGCUCAGUAGAAUAAGUGCUUCCCUGGAAAGUGCAAGGGCCUGAGUUCAAUCCUUGGUUCCUCAAAAACAAGAACAGCAAAAAAAUAGUGUAUCACUCUAGGAAAAGCUUUGAUUUGGAUCCUAAACCUAUACAAAAAGAUUGAUAACAUUAUGAAUUUUUAAAUAACAGGUAUUGCUGCUGUUCUUAGUGUAGAACAGUAAGUAAUCGCUGGGAAAUAUUCCCUAUGAGAAAAACUGUAAAAGCUAAUUUGCACUUUGAGUCAGUGGGGCAUAAACAUCUGAAAAUUUGUCUGGAAAAAGUUUUAUUAUUUAUCUUCUUACCUCAUUUUCAGAAGCAUAUAGAAAUAUGGUUCCAUAAACUAUGGAGGAUUCAGAAAUUGAGAACAUUUUUAUAAUAAAACUAUAUUUGAAUAAUUGGUAUUAAAGAAGAUACAUUUUAUAUAAAUAAGAAAAUACAUCUGACAAUUUAUGUAUUUAACUUGUAUUGGACAUUUUUGGUAGAAUCAAAUGAAGGUCUUUGAAUUGUUAAAACAUUUAAAAUGGAAAGACUGCUUUUUAUUAAGUCUUAAAGGGGGAUACAUUUCAUAAUUUGUACAUUUUGUACAUGGUUUUGGAAUAAAUCUUUUUGUAUUUCAUUUAAA